GUUUCCUUUAAAAGAUGAAAGACAUCUUGAGAAGUGGGAAAAUAUAGUUAAGAGAGCAAGAAAUGAUGGACAACAAUGGAGGGCAACACGCCACAGCUACAUUUGCAGUAAUCAUUUUGAAGCAUGUGACUACACUAUACUCCCAUCCUCAACAGGGCCGUGCAGGCUAAAAAAAUAUGCUGUACCAUCAUUAUUCAAAUUGGUAUUCAAACCGCAAAGCAUACCAAAAGAGGCUAGAAGCCGACUGGAAAUGCCUGAAGGAAGUUCCACCCAUGAAGGCCAUGAACGUCCAAUUUCACAUGAACAUCUAUUGUCAACAAUAUAUCAUGAUCACUGCUAUGGAAAACGGCAAAAACUAAUACAGCAGACACCACUUCAAGAAAUCCAUUGUAAUUCAUGUCAAGAUGAAGAAAUUUCUGAAAAACAAUUAAAACAUAAAAUUAAAAACUUACAGCAGCAAUUGCGAAGAUGUAAGAAGAAGAUAAGGAACAUGGCAGAACUUAUUGACAAACUGCAAGAAGAGCUCAUCAUAAAAUCAAAUGUGGCAGAUAAGUUACAUGAAUCAUUCGACAAAAUUCAAUUGUCCAUUUUCCAAAAUGUCCAAAAAAAUUCACAGAGUUUGCCAUGUGGCCGCCGCUAUACUGAUGAUAUCAAAGAAUUCGCAUUAACCUUAUACUUUUAUUCUCCAAAAGCAUAUCAAUAUGUACGUUCAAUUUUGCCCAUACCCAAUCCUUCUUUGAUUCGGAAGUGGGCAAGCGCAGUAGAUUGUGAACCUGGGUUCCUGAAAGAGGCAUUCGAGGCACUGUCAGAUGAAGUCAAACAAUGUCCAGACAAAAAAGACUGUGACCUCAUUAUGGAUGCCAUGUCAAUUCGAAAGGAGACGGUGUGGGACAAGAAGAAUGAUAGAUAUGAUGGAUUCAUAAACUAUGGCACAGUAAACCCUGAAGAUCCAGAGACAUUAGCUUCUGAAGCACUAGUCUUUCUGUUGGUUGGAGCCAGAACACACUGGAAAUGUCCCAUUGGUUACUUUCUCGGCAAUAAAAUUUCUGCGAGGAUCCAGGCACAGCUUUUGAUAACAGCACUUGAAAUGGCCGCAGAAUCUGGACUACGGGUAUGGUCUAUCACUGCAGAUGGAACAUCAGUAAAUCUCAGCACCUUCAGUCUCCUUGGCUGUAAAUUUGGAACAACGUACAAGGACAUGGUUACAAAGUUCAAGCAUCCAACAGAAGAUUACCACGUAUAUGUCAUAUUGGAUCCAUGCCACAUUUGUGCUUAAUCCAGGAAGAACAUAAAAUGAAGGUUAACCUGGCGGCACAAACACUAAGUUCAUCGGUAGCAGAUGCAAUUGAAUUCCUAGAGAACGUAAUGGAGCUACCUGACUUUACAGACAGCCAAGGAACAGUAAUAUUUUGCAGAGCAAUUGACAGACUAUUCGAUAUGCUAAAUUCUCGCAACCCAUUAGGAAAAUGCUACAAACAACCCCUCAGAUUGAACACACAGGAUAUUUGGGAAUCAACAUUAAGAUCUACGGCUGAUUACCUACUAUCUUUGAAAACAGAUACAGUUCCUGCCCAACUUCUUUCAACACAUCCUCGAAAGACAUUUAUAAUUGAUUUUGUAGCAGACAUAAAGUCAACAAUUGAAAUGGCCCAUGAAAUGCUAUCAAGCACCAACAACCCAUUCAAAAAUAUGUGCUAA